AUGUCCGUAGAACAGAGAUUGCUCGCUCUUGCGGAUUUACCACCGAAGGAAAUGUAUGCGAAGCUGUGCGAGAUAAAGCAGCAGGGCGCAGAGGAAGACACAAACUACAUCGCCGGCAAGAUAUCUGAGUGCGAAAAGGGCCUGAGGCACAGGAAGCACUUUCACCUGCUGUACGCCACCAUAGAAAUACUGCGAAUAGCAGCACCGCACAACCCGUUCUCAGAGGAGAGCAUUAAAGAAGCCUUCAAGCAGCUGGUCCACAAGGGGCCCAGGCACUCUGAGGACAAAAGAGCCUUUGAGAUAAUAGCGCACUAUCGAAUGGUGAGCUUGAUCGAUAGCGUAAAGACAAUCAACACUCUCGCAGAGCUGGCGCUUUUGAAUCUCUCGCAGAAGUGGAGUCUUGAGAUGCUGCAGUCCAUUGUAGAGGAAAAGGAGGAGGAUCUCGGAAGAGAAGUUAAAAUUAAAAUUGCAAAAAGAGUUGCAGAGGGCUCUUCGCUUCUCGAGGUGUUUAUAGAAAAGUAUCCCGUGCUUUUUAUGCCAGCAGUGAGCGAGGUGAUAAGAGCAGCCAAAAAGUCCCAGAUAGAGCUAGUGCGAAAGUUCAACACUCUUAGCAAAGAAGUUGUUACAAUGGAGGUGAUAGAAGCGAUCAUUAAUGAAAGAAAUAACAAAAAAGAGUUUCUUGCUUUUGUGGGGGAUGCAGCGGUAAGACAGGAGAUGCUUAAGGCCGUUGAAGACCUAUCAGAGGACAGAUCUGCAUGGAUCAGGUGCCAAGUGCCUAUAAUUCUUCUGAAUAAGUCGAAAAGCAUCUUCUACACCUCGGCUGCUGCUGCGUCCAUCAGAAACUCAGCCCUAGAGAUAAUUAAAAGACGCAUGCAUGACUCAUCAUCGCAGGUGCGCCUCGGGAUGCUUAAAGAGAUAACGCCAGCAGUCAUGUCCGAUCUAUCUGAGGUAAAACAUGCUGUGGUAGAGAGACUGAGAGACACGAGCAGAGACGUAAGAAAAGAAGCACUGAAGAUACUCGCACUGGAGUAUUCAGAGGUGCUGCAGAAAGACGCUAAUGAGAUCCACAGAAAUGCAGACGCAUGCUUUAUAUGCCGAAAGAAAGAGACUCAAUCCACCUUUUUAGUCGAUCUGCUGCUAUCUAUUUUCAUCAAUGAUCAUGCAGUCCAGGUGAGCCUUGUCAAGACAUUCUUCAAUGCGCUCACAACGAGCGAAAGGUUUGGACGCGAUGUACUGCACAUGGCGCUGCUUGCAGAGAUAUUCUGCAUGGUGCUUAAGUCCCCUGAGGACAUAGAAACUCUGACAGGGUGCUCGUCUGCCCUGGGAAUACUUGGCAUCAACUCAUUUGAGAAAUACUCAGUGUGUAGCUCGCAUGGAAACACCGUUGAGCUCCUAAUGAAGAUUCUUGGGCCUGAUUUAUACGGUCUAGAAGUCAUUCCUACAAAAGACUCCCCCAUUAGCAUGGUUAUUAUGCUGUGCGAAGGCUAUCCUAAGGGGUCUAUUCCGCAGCACUUGUUGAACCUUCUGAAGCUCCUGCUUCCCUCGGUUUCUGAAGACACUUUCUACCGAAUAGCCAGAAUACUGACAGUUACUGAGCACAAUGGAGGAAAUGGGUGGGGAGAAGCUGAGGAGUAUACAGGGUAUUCUAAGCAGUACCUAGAGAUAAAACAGAUUACAUCGAGCAAUGCGUACGACUUUUCAAUGGACAUCUCCAGAAUGGAGGAUAACUCAAUGAUAAGCGCAGGGAAUGUGAGCGUAGACAUCUCUGAGCAGGAGAAGAAGCUCGAUGGGUACUGCAAAAAGAUGCUUAUGAUGGUUCAAAUGGACCUGCUAGAGUGCUGCAUCAGAUCUGCUCUGUUGGAGAGAGCUAUCUUUAAGUAUUUCCUGUCCCAUCCCUACACAGACCACACAUACUUCGAAAAGUCGCUUUUUUUUAAGCAGAGGCUGGUAAUUGGGAUUAGAUCGCACCCUGACGUAGAAAUACGCUUGAUGUUCUCGGUACUUUCUGUUCUGGUGUGCCAGCAGACCUCUCUCACACUAAACAGCAAGAGCGUAAUAAGUAUUCUCUCUUUCCUGUGCUGGGUGUCGAUUGAGUACACGCGCGCGCGCGCAGUAGAGGCAGUGUGCUCUCUCUUUAGAUCGAAUGUCUCGCUGGCGCAGGAGUUUUUCUCGUUCUUCACGAACCUCAAGAGACUGCAGAUAGAAGACACAGAUAAACAGAACGAGCUGUACAUUCUGUCAGAGGAAGUGUGCAGCAUGCUUGUAAAGGAAACGAGUAAGCUAGGGAUCAAUCCUGCCCAGUACUCAAACGACAUGCCCCCGGGCCUCUGCGAGGAGCUAAAGCUCAGAGGAGGCUGGGCCACCGCUCUGUUUAUUCUUGAUGAUGACCACUUCAGCGCCAAUCUGCUAACAGUUUUCAAACAAAAAAACAAAUAA